UGGUAUUACACAUAGGGAUAUAAUUUGGCACAAACUGCUAUUUUGUGUUUCCUGUGUGUCAGUGACCCAGCACUUUUUCUGACCAACAUAAUAUGUUGCUAGUUUUGGAUUUAAAACCAUUUGAACAUUUCUACUUGCUUGGAACAAUGUCCAUGCUGAAGAGAGCAGCGUUUGUGGGUUUUGUCCUGUUUGUGCUUAUUCCUCUGAUCCAUGCUGCCUGCUGGUCAGAGAGAUUGAGAUUAGGUGUGAGUCACUGUAUUGAUAAAACGGAUAAAACCUGGCACCUUGUCGGAUCCAACUGGAGGAACAGCGUAUGCGAAAAGUGCACAUGCAAAACCUUGUCCAUGGAGUGCUGUGACGGAUUCCCAACGCACAUGACUAAAGGCUGCGUCAUGGCAUAUAAUUUCCGAACAUGUACAUACACAUUAACCAGUAUAGACCCAAGUGUUAAAUGUUCCGUUAUUGGAAAAUAAAAAUAAAAACACAUCACAAUAUACACACUCUGUGUUUUUCAAAUAAAGCAUUACUGAGUUAAAGAAAAAAAAAUAAAGAAACAGUUGCUGAA